AUGGAAUGGCAACCUCAGGAUGAGCCAUUGAGGCAGCUGGCCUGCUGUCUCAGGGACUCGUUAAACCCUUACAAUCGCACAGCACAAAAGGAGGCCGAACAGAUGCUGGUGCAAGCGACAUCCUCCCCCGACUAUGUCAAUUAUAUCACCUAUCUCUUUUCCACCCCGCAGAUCCCCCCGACCCUGGGCAUAGCUGAAAAUGUAUACAACAUGGUCCGCUUCGCUGCUGCGAUGAAUCUGAAGACGAAGAUCCGCGUCGCAUACAGCACAAUUCCCCAGCCCAGUCUUGCAUACAUCCGAUCCGCGACUCUGAUCGGCCUCCGGGACGCCGACGCUCAGGUGCGGAAUUCGGCCGGAAGCAUUAUCACAGAGUUACUGCAGCAAGCCGGGCUGCUGGCAUGGCCGGAGGUGCUGAAUGAGCUGCUCGGUCUGGUGGAGAACACAUCGAGGGACGUGCCCGUCCUGGCUCAGGAGGCCGCUAUGUCGGCUCUCGCCAAGGUCUGCGAGGACAACCGCAAGGUCCUUGACCGGGACUACCAGGGCCAGCGGCCUCUCGACGUGAUCAUCCCGAAGUUGAUGGAGUUUACAUCAAGCGGGAGUCCCAAAAUCCGGUCCAUGGCGCUGGGUACCAUCCAUGUCUUCCUUCCCAACAGACCGCAGGCGUUGAUCGCCUCGAUGGACCUGUUCCUCGCGCAGCUCUUCCAGCUCUCAGACGACCAGAGCACCGAUGUGCGCCGGAUGGUGUGCCAGACCUUUGCGCAGCUGGUGGAUUUCGCCCCCGAGAAACUCAUCCCCCACAUGGAGGGGCUGGUCAACUAUAUCAUCAUGCAGCAAAACAACCAAGAGGAUCCGGAACUCGCGCUCGACGCCGCGGAGUUCUGGCUGGUCGCCGGAGAGCAAGCCAAGCUGCAACAGCCUCUGGCGCCGCACAUGUCCAAGAUUGUUCCGGUGCUGCUCCGGAGCAUGGUGUACGAUGAGGACGAUGCCAUCCGACUUUCGGGUGAGGGUGACGAUGCCGAGCUGGAGGAUCGUGAGCAGGAUCUGAGGCCCCAGUUUGCCAAGUCGAAAGGCUCCCGCUUAGACACUUCCAAGACCGAGGCGCAGGCGAAUGGCGCCGCAUCUGCAGAGGAAGACGAUGAGGACGACCUGAGCGAAGGUGAGAUUGAGGAUUCCGAGUUCGGAGAUGACCCGGAGGACGAGUGGACUCUGCGCAAAUGCUCUGCUGCUGCCCUGGAUGUCUUCUCCAACGUCUACCACCAGCCCAUCUUUGAGGUUAUCCUGCCCUAUCUGAAAGAGACUCUCCGCCACGAGCAAUGGCCACAGCGCGAGGCGGCUGUCCUCACCCUGGGUGCUGUUGCAGACGGCUGUAUGGAUGCAGUCACCCCUCAUCUUCCCGAACUUGUUCCCUAUCUUAUCUCGCUCUUGAACGACGCUCAGCCGGUUGUUCGACAGAUUACCUGUUGGUGUCUCGGUCGGUAUUCGGAGUGGGCCUCGCACCUGGCCGAUCCGGCGGAGAGGGCUCGUUUUUUUGAACCCAUGAUGGAGGGCAUCCUGCGGCGUAUGCUGGACGGCAAUAAGAAGGUACAAGAGGCGGCCGCCUCUGCCUUUGCCAGUUUGGAGGAGAAGUCCGAUGCCAACUUGAUUCCCUACUGCGAACCCAUCCUGAGACAGUUUGUACAAUGCUUUGGAAAGUACAAGGACCGGAAUAUGUAUAUUCUGUACGAUUGCGUCCAGACGCUUGCUGAAUGUGUCAUGGGAGAGCUGGCGAAGCCGCACCUGGUCGACAUCCUCAUGCCUGCGCUCAUUGACCGGUAUAACAAGGUAACGGAUCAAUCGCGCGAACUCUUCCCUUUGCUUGAGUGUCUGGGGUAUAUUGCUGCGGCGUAUGGCGAUGCUUUUGCUCCGUUUGCCCCUCCGCUGUUCCAACGCUGCAUGAAGAUCAUCUACGAAAACCUGCAAGAAUAUGUUGCUCACGUCAACAAUCAAGCCAUCGAUGAGCCCGACAAGGAUUUUUUGGUCACCAGCCUGGACCUUCUCAGUGCCAUUAUUCAAGCCAUCGACCCUUCGAAGAGCGGCGAGUUGGUGGCGAGCUCUCAACCUCGCUUCUUCGACUUGCUCUGCUUCUGCAUGGAAGAUCCGAACUACGAGGUCCGGCAGUCGUCGUAUGCUCUGCUGGGCGACUGUGCCAUCAACAUCUUCCCCCAACUGGAGCCUUUCAUCCCCAACAUCAUCCCCACGCUGAUCAAGCAGCUGGACUUGGACAUGAUCAAGGAUGAUGACCGUCACACGGGCUUCAGCGUCCUGAACAAUGCGUGCUGGUCGUGCGGCGAGAUCGCGGUCACCGAGAAGGCGGAUCUGUCCCCGUACGCCGAUAAGCUGUAUCGCGGCCUGUUCGUCAUCAUCAACAAUGAGGAGAUCAUCGACUCGGUCAACGAAAAUGCUGCGAUGGCUCUCGGCCGAUUGGGUUUCUGCUGCUCCGAUCAGCUUGCGGCCCACCUGGCCGAGUAUGCUGGCGUGUUCUUGAAGUCGAUGAACAAGAUUGAAUUCACCCGUGAGAAGGCCUCUGCUUUCCUUGGCUUCAACCACGUGGUGAUGAAGAACCCUCAGGCUCUGGAGUCCUGCCUUGGCGAUUACUUCCAGGCCAUUGCCGCGUUCCCGGCCAAGUCUCUCCACCAGGAGGACUACCGUGACGUUCAAAGCUCAUUCGAACAGGUCCUGCAAGGCUACAAGAACAUGAUACCCAACUUCGAUUCGUUCCUCACUCAACUCCCGCCGCACGUGGUUCAGAAACUCCGCUCCACGUACCAGAUCUAG